AACAUUCUAUGUUGUUCUUCUUAAUUUCUCUGCAACUUUAAUGCCUUUUAUCUUUCACCAUAUUCUGCAAGCAUGUGAAAUGCAGCAGAAUGUGGUCCAAAACUUAGGAUUCGUAUUGGAGAAAUUAAGUUACCGCCUGAAACUAACAGACAUUUGAGACAAAUACCAAAUAUAUAUGGAUGAUAAGAUUGUUACUUGAUCCAUGUUUGUCUACUUAUAUGUUUGGUCCAUAUGUAUAUAAUAAUCUGAUAUUCUGUAGAGGCACGUGAUGUGGAGAAGUAUGGAUUUGUUUGUGUAGGGUCAAUGUCACCCAUUAACAGGCAAUUGCUAGAUAAUAUGGUCAGUUUAAACCCCCCAUUAGUUUUUAGUAUUUAGUGUUUCUGAUUACUAAAUAUAUGGUUGUUCCUUUCAGAAGCCACCAACACUCCAUGUGCAUCUUCUUCUCUGCCUGCUCUUUUUAUCUAAGAAAGAUGCCAUCUUUUUUUGAACAGAAAGAGAGAGAGACGUGCAGGGAUAAUCAUGGAGCUUCUUCUGGCAUCCAUGUGCAUCAAUGACCUUGACCCACUACAUAUUAUUCUGCACUUCUUGGUCUCACUUUCUCUCUUUUUGUAUAAGUACCCUCCUACAUUUUACUAAUUUUCUUGUAGUGAAAAGACAGAAGAAGUGCAAUGAACAGUCCGACGACUUCGAGCCGGUCAUGGUCUGUUAGUGAGGACUCACUAAGAAGGUAUGUGCAGUUUGCUAGUGAGAGCUGUAUGCAGGAGCUGCUUUCAGCUUCAGACUCAAACAGGUUUGGCAACAACAAUGAUGGGUGGAAGGUUGUUACUCUCGACAAUGGUGUCGAGAUAUCAAAACGCAGGUCUGGUUCCCUUCACACCUUCCGUAGUCGAUGGCUUCUCAAAUCAGUUUCACCUCAACAAUUCAUCGCGGUAGCCAAUGCCAUUGAUGCUGCCAAGCAAUGGGACUCUGACCUUGUUGAAGCCAAGUACAUAAAGGAUCUUGAAGACAACCUCAGCAUUAUCCAUCUCAGGUUUGGAGAUAACUCUAAACCUCUGUUUAGAAACAGAGAAUUCAUCGUCUACGAGCGACGCGAAACUAUGGAAGAUGGUACCCUGGUAGUGGCAGUAGCUUCACUGCCAAAAGAGAUAGCUGCCGGGUUACAGCCGAAGCAGAACAAUGCGAUAAGAGGAUUUCUUCUGCAGUCAGGAUGGGUUGUGGAGAAGCUUGAAGAUGACUCUUGUAUGGUCACAUAUGUUGUUCAGCUAGAUCCUGCUGGAUGGCUGCCCAAAUGCUUUGUGAAUCGGCUUAACACAAAGUUGGUAAUGAUCAUUGGGAAUCUGAGGAAACUAGCACAGGCUUGUCCUGUUGUUGAUGGAUGCUAAUACUGAAUGACACUUUUGAAAUCAGCCAGUCAUAUCAACUUUGUAAAUUAUUUUAUAGCAUCUAA